AUGGGAGACAUCACAUCCAUCAAGGGAGUCUCGGUGACAUGCUCUUACAUCAUCGCUCUUUUCCGCGAUCUACCCGUGGCUGCUUCACUUUUGCAAACACGCGGUUUAUCCCGAUUUCUCGCUCAGAUUCUGAGACCAAUGGCUUCGGACUGGCACAACCAGGGCUAUUUGGGGCUGUUCGAGGUGUAUCAUUUGAGACCUUCCCAUCCAGCAUCACGCACGUUCUGGAAUUCUGAUCGCUGCGACGGCGCCAACGAAAGCCGCCAACACAAAACAAAACAGAUGAAGGAAAAAGAAAGGGUUCUCUUGCGUCUUGGCCUGGCCCCUGCCAUGCACAAACCGGAUGGUAUGCUUCUUCCAUGUCAUCAUGUGUUCUGA